AUGGAGUUUAAAAUUGAACAUACAUGGAACAGCUUUCCAGUGUCUCAUGAUCCAGUAACAAUCAGGCUGGUUCCUGCCAAUGCUGGACUGUUGAUGGAUGUAACUGCUCCAUUUUAUAAUGAUCCUCCAGCCCCUCCUAGUGAUUCUGGAAAACCAUUCAACGGGCUGUGGGACUAUGAGGUUGUAGAAGCUUUCUUCCUGAAUGGCCAAACUGAGCAAUACUUAGAAGUGGAGCUCUGUCCGCAUGGGCAGUAUCUCAUUUUGUUGCUUUGUGGCAGAAGGAAAGUACUGAAACAAGAGCUACCUUUAAAAUUUGAAGUAUCAAGAACCAGUGCUAAGUGGAAUGGCAGAGCUCAUCUUCCCUGGAGCUAUCUUCCACCAGCUACUGAACAAUUUAAUGCUUUCGCAAUUCAUGGGUCAGGUGAAGCUAGAACAUAUGAAGCCCUCUAUCCUGUACCGCAACAUGAGAUUCAGAAAGAUCAGCAACCUGAUUUUCAUCGUCUAGAAUAUUUUAAAUGCUUGAACUUGAGGAUGUUAAUGGGAGAAGGUUGGAAGCAGCCGGUAUCAGAUUUCUGGGCACCAUGCAAACCGGCCAGCUAGGUAAAUAAG